AAAAGGUUGCUACAGAAAGGCCGAAGAAGCUUCUUUUCUGCAUAAAAAAAAAGAAAAAUCAGUCCCGCAGGGCUAACCAGAGUGGUGUUUUCUCUUUUAACCUUUAUGCUCUCUCUUCUCUCUCUCUCUCUCUCUCUCUUGUCUACAGUCUACUCUCUGUUCAGAUUAUCAACCAUAUUAUUCCUUCUCUUCAUUCAUAUUCAUAUUCUUCCCAGCCUUUUCCUCGAGUUAUACUUGCGUUUCUUUGAAUUGUGUAACUUUCAUGUCUAUACCACUGGAACAUAAUUACAUGGGCUUAUCAGAGGCUUCUUCAAUGGAAAGAAGCUCGGAAAAGCUUUCAUCUUCCUCCUCUUCUACUCUCUCAACUGAGGUUGAGAAGAGCUCUGCUCUCAACCUCAAGGAGACUGAGCUCACCCUUGGCUUGCCUGGGUCUGAGGUCCCAGAGAGAAAACCAGGACUGGGGGUCUCCCUUUUUGGUAAGGACUUGGAGGAUAAGAAUAAAGGGUAUUCUCUGAGCACUCUAAAAAACCCUGUGUCUGGGGCUAAGAGGGGUUUCUCUGAUGCCAUUGAUGGUUCUUCUGGGAAAUGGGUUUUAUCUAUGUCUAAUGAAUCUGAGGUUGAUUUGGGUAAAGGAGCUGUUUUAUCUAUGUCCAGUGGGAAGCCUCUUGCUGGUUUAGAGGGUAAGAAUACUACCCAGCAGUCAUGUCCACUAGCAACACCAACCAUGAAAGAGGCAAGUUCUGUUCCUCAAUCUUCAAAGCCAGUUCAGGAUAAGAAGCCUCAGAUUCCUGUUGCAAAUGAACAUGGUAGUGCUCCUGCUGCAAAGGCACAGGUUGUAGGAUGGCCCCCAAUUCGUUCAUUCAGAAAAAACAGCAUGGCCUCCAAUUUGGCGAAGACUGCCGAUGAGGUUGAAGGCAAAUCUGGAUUUGGAUUCCUUUAUGUAAAAGUUAGCAUGGACGGUGCUCCAUACCUAAGGAAGGUUGAUCUCAAAACGUAUAAAAAUUAUAUGGAACUGUCAUCGGCUCUGGAGAAGAUGUUUAGCUGCUUUACCAUCGGGCAGUGCAGUUCACGCGGACUUCGAGGGCGGGAUGGCCUAAACGAGAGUUGUCUGAGGGAUCUUCUCCAUGGCUCUGAAUAUGUGCUGACAUAUGAAGACAAGGAUGGUGAUUGGAUGCUUGUUGGUGAUGUCCCCUGGGAAAUGUUCACAGAUUCCUGUAGGAGGCUAAGGAUCAUGAAAGGCUCUGAGGCAAUUGGGUUAGUCUGCUGAGAACGAACAAACAAGUCUACCUGCUUGAAAGCAGCGCGAAAGGCCCUGAAGUGCAAGAGCCUAGUAACUAAUGUGUUGUAAGUAUCAGCAAGACCAGAAAGGAGGUGCUGCUACCUGUGGCAAUGAAAGCUCUGAAAGAAUUUUUAGUUUGGUAUUCUGUUUUAAAAUCAUAUAUAUGCAUUUGAGAUAUUAGAUUUACGUGUAAGCUGGUAAUUUUUACUGGAGACAUUCAGAUUAAUAUAUAUUUUAAGUGGCAUGUCUGCUUUGUAUAAAAAAAAAAAAGUGUCCGCUUUGUAUCUCUGAAUUCCAAUUGUUGUGUAAAUGGAUUGGUUGAUGUUUGUAAAUCUCUCUUCUUCUCUCUCUCCCGAACUCUAUUUUAAAGAAGAAUUACUAACAAAUUUUGGGAGUCAACCCAAGAA